CGCUUCUUUGUUUCAAACUUCUGCUGCGAUUCUGAUUGUUUAUUUUUGAUGUUUUACAUGUUUGGGUUAUUUUUAACGGUUUUUUCCAGUACAGUUUGUAUUUUCGCCAGAAUCUGAGGCAGCAGCAAGAGCGGUGGUUGGCUGGCCUUCUGCACUUUCCAACUUGGGUUCAUCGUGAAGCGUACCACAAUGACCCAGCCGUCCGCGUCAUUCGUCAGCUCUGAACGUCGGGGCGCCAUUGCCCAGAUUACCAAUCGCUAUCAGAAUGCUUUAGCGAGUAGUGAUUUGACGGAUGUGGAGUUCGCCGUUGGCCGCCAGUGUGGCGAAGUGAAGAAGAUCCGAGCCCACAGGUUAAUUCUGAGCCUUGGCAGUGAUGUUUUCCACACAAUGUUCAACGGGAGCUUGGCCGAGCGUGGUGACGCGGCCAUUGACAUUCCGGACAUUCCUCCCGAUGCGUUCACCAACAUGCUAAACUACAUUUAUACGGGUUCGGUGGACGAUAUCAAGCAAGGCAACGCACUGCAGACAGUGUACUGCGCCGAAAAAUACGAUCUGCCGUGGCUAUCCGAACUCUGCACCGACUUUGUCCUCGACCAAGUGAAACCCGACAACUGCUUGAUGUACCUAGAAAAUGCACUACGCUGGACUCCGAAUUGUGAUCACGUGCUGGAUAAGUGUUGGGAUGUGGUGGAUGCGUCCACCGAAGCUGUUUUGGAGUCAGGGCACUUCACCAAAAUCAACCAGACACAGUUGGAGAUGCUGCUGCGCCGGGGCACACUGUCAGCUAAAGAGAAUGCAGUGUAUUUGGCUGUGGAACGAUGGGCUACGGCAGCGUGCGAUCGCAAGAAUGUAGACCACAAGUCCAGUAAUCGCCGACGAAUGCUGGGACCGACAUUGUCCUUUGUCCGCUUUCCGCUGAUGACGGACGCUCAACUUGUCGACGGGCCCAUUCAGAGUGGUUUACUGAACGAUGAAGAAGUGCGGAAACUGUAUACCUUCAAACAUUCAGCCAAGAGUUUCUCGGCUUCCUGGUUGCUGGGAUUUUCUGUGGAGCCCCGGAAGAACGUGAUGCAUCCCAUCGGGUCGCGCUCAUACAAACAGGGAGAGAAGAUAUUCAUUUCAUAUACGAAUGGUUUCUGGCAUCCCGUGAAAGUCAAGGGGGAGCAGACGCUGGAGUGUCUUUCGAACUAUGCAGUAGAGAAGGUGAAGGAAAAAAACGAGUUCGCCGCUCCAACCCAAACCGUCCGUGCAGCGGAUAUUCUGAAGCGUGGUCGGCCAGUGUAUGCGUACAUAGGCGAAGUGUACAAAGAGGCCACGUAUGGCUCGCAGCGGGCUGGUCGACAUACCGUCAGCGUCGCCGGCCGCGAAUGCAGUGUGCAGUUUAAGGAGCUGAGGAUUGCCGAUAAGCACGUGGAGGAAUGGAAAGCGGCCCAAGAGUAAUGUUGUGAGCGGGUAUGGCGAUGUACAGGCGUACGUUGGAAUUCUUCGGUUGCGAUCAGCUUACAGGUUUCUAUGCUCCUUACGAAAGUCUUGCGUAAAUGGAUAAUGAUCUAAAUGAAUAGCAUUUAAGGGCAAUAAUGUCGUUGAUUUGGUUACUGACUUCCAAGAGGCAUUGUUUGAUAAUAUGACGUGAUGCAGGUCACUUCAUUGCUUCAGUUUGUAAUGACUGGCCUAUUUUGUUGUUUCCCUUUGUAAAUCUGUUAUCUGCAAAUUCUUCACUUUUGCAUAACUGCUUAUGUACGAUUAGAAAACUUG